AUGGCACUUUCUCAUUUGCCUUUGUUGCUAAAUCCUUUUUUGAAUGCUCUUUAUAAUCAUCCACGCCCUCAAAAGUCCAAACUACACGGCGUCAUCAACUACUUAGCGACACACAAUGAUUCAGUCGCUUUGUUGGUACCUUCGACGAUAUCCUUGUACUCUAAUAUACAGUCCGACUCAAAAUUGACUUACACCGAUUUAUGCCAUAGUGACUCGUUUAUUAGUUCGCAUAUCAUUGACUUAAAUAGCAUGACCAACAAAGGAAACCAUCAAGUCUCCUGCAAGUCCCUCAACGGGAAGGAAGUCAUGAUAGGGAGUUCAGGCGACUAUGUCAUAACAGGGAACGGAUUCCCUUACGACCAAAGGAUAAAAAUAGUUAAUAAGGAAUUAUUUACUGUCUUUAAUGACUACAUGGAGUUUGGAAUGGAGUUUUUGGUAGUUUUUUUAGAGAAACCACUCCUGGACUACGGAGAAAGAGAGAACCAGUUGUCGUUGCACAAAGAAAACCACAAAGACCCUUCUGAAAGCUUUGAUCUGGUUAGCAUUUUGAGGGAGUUUCCUCUAGUUUUCAAUAAGGUCAGUGAGGAAUACCGGGCUCUUUUUAGAGACUACAAGCUGUCCGCCACCAACAUAGCAGACUCGGUUGAAGAAUUCAAUGAUCUUAUCCAACGAGGGGUUCACAUAUUUGAAAAAUUGAAUCAAUCUGACAUAGACGAAAUAUUAACAAAGUAUCCCAUUAAUCUACAUGAAUGUGUUUUCAAUUACAUAGAAUCCAAGUUAUAUCCAGAAGAGUUCCCACAUUUAAUGAAACUGUUACCCAUGGACUCAUUGAACUCGCUCUACUCGUCAUUAGAUUCACUCUCCAUCACUCAGGUCGGUAUUCCAUACUUAGAAAAGAAUCUCUCGAUCUAUGAAUCGAAUAUUGUAAAAGCAUCCAAGAAGUUCAGCACACUUACUCUGACAGACAACUCCAAAGACAAAUGUUUGGUCUUUAUAGACACUUUCCAGGCAUUAUCUUCUAAUAUUUCAAUAGAUGCAGAUACCUUGGUUGGCCUGCUAUUAAUGGUUAUAGUACGGUGCAAGGUACCCAAUUUGUCUGUUCACCUUCAAUAUGUGAAGCAGUUUUCAUUCGACUUCGAUACUGAGAAUGACAUUGGCUUUCUUGCGUACGUUAUUUCCACAUUUGAGGGCGUCUUGGAUUACUUAAAUCAACACUCAACCCGGAAUCAUUUAAUAUCGUUGGCACAACAGAACAAAAAAGCGUGGGAUCUUAUCAAACGCUCUUCGGUGGAUAUAAAUUUCAAUCAUCAGCAAUUCAAUGAUUCCUCUGAAGAUUUGAGAAAUGCCACCAAACUACAAAAUUUAUUGAAGCCGUGGGAAAAUGAAGACAGAAUACCACAUGAUUCCUUCAUUUGGAGCAGAAAUUCUAGAGGGGAAUCCCUCCUAGCCCAGGCAAUCAUAUCAAACAACUAUCAAAUAUUUCAUUGCAUUAUACAAUUUGACAGAAUAUUCACUAUGGACGAUCUGAUUAAAGAUAAAACCCUGAACAAUAGUACACUUUUUUCACUUGCCCUAAAUACAGGAAAUGACAAUAUCAUCUAUGAACUAAGUUCCAUUUUUGAACAACUUGGAGAUGACGAGAAAUCAUUGUAUCUCAAUAUCACUGAUUCCAAGAAAAGAAAUAUUGGGCAUUAUCUCAAUUGCCAAUUUAGACUUUUCUCCCAAUUCGGUCUAUUUAUUGACUGGACUGCAAGGGAUAUCAACUUGCAGACUCCUCUAUUUAUCACGUUGAGAAGUUAUGACCAUCCUGAUUAUGAAGAACUGGUAGUAUUUGUUCUAGAAAUUGUGUUUCAAUGGUACGAGUUUCAUAACAAGAAGUUUUCUCUUAAUGACCAUAUUGACCACAAAGGGAAUACCCUGCUGCACAUAGUAACAUCUGGGAAAGGAUUGCAACUAAUUUUGGAUAGGUGCAUUAAUAUUGAUGUCAACAUCCUAAAUGGCGAACGACUUACUCCUCUGAUGCUGUAUGUUAAAUACAAUAGGUUGGAAAAUAUAAAAGUACUCCUGGAAGAUAAAAGGGUGUCCCUUUUAAAAACUGAUGGCACAAAAUAUAACCUAAUGGCGUUAGACUACGUUAAGAAAAAUCCUGUACCAAAAAGCACGGAUGCAGUUAUUGAGCACCUAUUGGACUCUUAUUUUCUAGAAAGGUACCAGCCUUACAAUGUUAUUGAUAAUAAGAAGUUCAAGUUUGGGGUGGUACGCAUAAAGAUUGGGCACAACGAUAAAUUGUUCCUGUUCUUCAAGACCAUUGUUGUUCAGGAUAAUAAGGAAACUGUAUACAGUUCUACAAGAACCUUUGACGAAUUCAAAUUACUAAUACGCUCCAUUAAACUAAAUAAUCCGAACUCGUUUCUCAACUACAAGAUCUUUGAUCACUUUUUUGAUACUCAAGAUGAAAAGUUUUUGACAAAAUUCAAGUGCAAUAUUAUGUUCGUUAAGGUUAAUUCGGUUUGUAGCUCACUGUUGCUAAAUGAUUCGACAGUAGUCGACGAUGUUCUAUGGAAGUUCUUGUCCAGUAAUGAAAGUUUGGACGAACUUAGAUUGAACCAUAUCAAGCACUCAACUUCGACUUUGCAACCAGAAGAGAUUGCCAACAUUAAAAUGUUUUGUGAUUAUUCCAGAAACGAGUUAGUUGCUCAAGAGCAUAUUUUGACCAAUUUCUUCAAGAUGCAAGUACUGGUGAAUAUCAAAUCAAAAGAAUACACUUAUCUGAAGGCAAAUAUGCUUAAAUUUCAUGACUACGAAAUUCUGCAAGAUUUACAGCAGAUAAAUGAUGAGAUCAUCUCCCAGUUGCGAGGUGGUGAUAAUUCUUUCUAUACUUAUCAGCUAUAUUUGUUAAGAAUGAGCACGUCCCAAAUGAUCAGUAACAUUGACGAAUUAGUAAAUCAUAGUAUUAAGAGGUGGUGGGAAAUGUUUGGACUAUUGAUGAAUCUAAAUGAUGAGCUUUUGAAAUUUAUAAAAAUUGCCAAAUCUAAAUCGUUAGAAGCAAAGAUCAACGAGGCAAUUCAGUUACUCAAUGAUCGAGAUUUUAUGGCGUGUACGUUAAUUGAGGAGAUUGCUACUAAGCUUCUGUACUCAGAUAAUCCACUUGAUGAUGGAGAUGAUUGGUUCUUGAAUAAUUUAUUUGAGAAAAGGCGAGUUGAAAGAACAUAUAAGUUACUAGAGAAAUUGAAGGCACAAAAACAAAAGCUAUUGCUACUGAACACCAAAAUUAAACAAAGCCAUGAAGAGUUAGCUGUUGAAUUGAAUAAUUUUAACAUCUACAAGUCAAAGACCAUCAAAUUUCUGUUCAGGCAAUUAUCUACAGAAAAGUUACACUUUCUACAUUUGAGCUAUGCGACAUUACUGAGUAGAUAG